UCUCUCUCAUCGAAGCAGACUCUGUUUCGUGGUUUCACCGUCCCCUCGCCGUCGCCCUGUACUCGCGCCACCGCUUCCUUCCUAGCAUCUCCUCUAGAGACAGAUCUGCCCUACGCCCCCGGCCGCGGCAAGCCCUCCUCCCUUUCAACCCCAAUCGCUCAAACUCGGGCCACCGCAGGAGCUUUUCCUUCAUGCGUUCACCACCCCUUGCUACUGUUCCACGUGGUCGCCGCCACCGCAUCCUGGCAUCUCCGGCCGUAUGCGCAUCAGGCCAAUCCGCCCCGGAGGCCAUCGCUGCUGCAAGUGCUAGCAGCCGGAUGACAUACCAGUGCAGCCCGACGGCCGUGAACAAAGCAUCCUCAACCUCACGCACUAACAGCUUAGAUGUUGAAGAGCGCCUUGGCAGAGUCAAGUGUGGACAAUUAUCUAGGAAGCAAGUGAAUGGAAGUUCAAGUAACCAUACAGCAGGAUCCAUUGGAAUGCCAUUACGGGCCCCUUUUCAAGAUAUUACAAAUGUGGUUGACUCACAUAGUUUAUCAAAAGGGAGACAAGCACAAAAAAUUCUUGGUUCAGUGGAUCAUCCAAUUACUGGGACAAAACGAUCAAUCAAUCUAUCUGGCAUAUCCAUACAGUCAAAUACUCCUUCAACUGGACACAUAAGUCUAACAACAAAUGCUUCCGAGCGUAAGCGUUAUCGUGAUCGGGAAAGAUACUUGGAGAUGACUCCAGAACAGCACGCUGCCUACCUGGAAAGGAACCGUGAGUACAAACGGAGAAGGAAAAAUCCUGCUGCAGUUAGUGAUAAUGCACAAUCUGGGAGUCAAACUUGUACUUGUACCAAUGGAAGCAUGCACACAACUAUUCUCACCAGUUCAAUUACAGAAGGUACUGGUCAACAUAAGCGUGUAUCAGCAUUCCUGGACAAGGGCAGUGGACAUAAGAGAAGGAGAUUGUCUAAUGGGGCAGGUUGUAGUAAUACUGGAAACGGAACACAUGAAGAUGGUGUAGCCAAUGAGCAGGAAGACCAUGACAGCACCAUCUAUGUUCCAGAUGGUUCUUUUCCUGCCCUAGAAGAUGAAACUGGGCAAUCUGAAUAUAUGACUGAAGAUGAUGAGGGUUACAUAUUCGCUGGACACGGAACGGAUUGUGUAUUAUCAUAUCGAGACCCAAACCAUGCAAAUUGUGAAAUGCAAGAGGAUCCUUUUGAUUGUAUAUAUCGGAAUGUACCAAGUGGCCAUCAUGUUUCGCAGCCAGUGCCUAACUGCACAAAUUGCAAUGCAAAACGGUUCCAGUAUGAGAAUCCAACAUUUUGUUGCAUGGGUGGCAAGGUCAAGAUAGUAACUCCAUAUGUUCCUGAUGAAAUGCGCCGACUAUACACAAGUCAAGAUCCUGACGCUAAGUACUUUCAGGACAAUAUCCGGGUCAAUUGGAAUCUUAUGCCUUUAUGGAUCAUGAACUUGAAGUGAAGGCUUCUGCUGAGCUCUAAGAGCAACUCCAAUGGGGCGACCCAUUUCGUUCGCCCGCGUCCGUUUGGGUCGGCGCGGACAAAAGUGGCGGCCUAACGCGUCGACCCAAACUCAAAUCGUGUCCGCCUGGCGUCCCCGCCGACCCAUUUCCGGCCCAAAAUUGCGCCUGGAAUGCGUCGGCGCGGACGCGAAGCGGACUCGCCGCGCGUCUCCUCGCCGUCCGCCGCAUCCCCACCUGGCGGCCACCCAA